AUGUACACUCGCUACAUCGACGAUGUGUUCAUGUUAUGGACUGGGUCACGUGAGGCGUUCAUAGACAUGAUGCAUCAAGUAAACUUGAUGAAUGAUUCCAUCAAAUUCACUUUUGACAUACAGGCAGAGACCAUUAAUUUCUUGGAUGUAAAAAUUGUUAGAAAAGAUGGCACAUUCAUCACCUCCAUUUACCAAAAACCGACUGAUGUUAACAUUUUACUGUUGGCCUCUAGCCACCAUCCAAAACCUUUGAAGAAUGGGCUUCCGUACUCACAGUACCUUCGGAUUUUGUCUCUCAAAAUGACCCUCAAAGACCUUAUCUAUCCGAACAACCCUAAGAAGAGAGAGGAAAUAGCUAGACUGCACUGUGAACUUCUCCACUGUAUGAGAAGAAACUUCCAGCUAACCAAAAAACUAAUUUUGAUUCUCAACAAACAUUUUGGUUGCCAAUUGAGAAUUCCAGAGAUUAAAGACAAUGCAAGCAUAAAAGAGAAUUGUCACAACUUUAUAAAAAAUAUGACUGACAUCCAGGAUGAAGUGCAAAAGAUUGAUAACCAGCUGAAGAUCCUCCUGGAACCUACUCUAUAUGAGAAACUUCAUGACAUCAAGGAGUCAGAAUCAAGUAAAAUAGAGAUUGCCCAGAAGGUUGUCUCUAUUAUUUUAAGUAAGGCCACAGCUUCAACCACUGCUUUCAUUGUUAAGUUGAUCAGCUCCAAUAUCACAACCGUUUUGGCUAAUAAAUUGAUUACUCUGUUGGCUGAAAUAGGUGCCUCUGUGCUUGGAGCAGUUGGCAUUGCUGUUCUUGGACUAGGAAUUGAUGUAAUCAUUGGUGCCAUUCUGGGAGCUGUUGAGAGAGACCAACUUGAACGCUCAGUAAAAGAAUACGAAAUGUACCUAGCUGAGUUCAAGCCAGCAUCUGAGUCCUAUCAAGACGCAAUUUUGUGUGUGACUUCAAAGUUAGAAAAUAUGUUUCAGCCUGAGUGAUUGUCUCCUUAUCAAAAUACAUUCUGACCAGAAGGACAAUUUACAGAGAUGCAGUACAAGAACCCAACAAGAGCUAUUGUGAUUUCAUGAGAGUCUGUAACCAAUUACAAAUUACUCCUACAGAUGUUCCAUUGGCAAGGAUCUAUUCACAAUUCUAAAUACAAUUUACUUUCAAAGGGGAUCAUGGACGGUGGUAAAGACCUGAACAUUUUCAUACAAUUAAUAAUUAUUUAAACAUUUACACACACAGUGCUUCCAAGAGUUCUGUGUAGUCAUGCUAUCUUAGGGGCUUGGUUAUGCCAUCCAGACAGGCCCCCAAUGAGCUUCUAUACAGUCCUGCCUCCCUCUCCCCCUUCUUGGCA